AUGGUAAAUUUGAUGGCAGAACCGUUAUGUGUAAUUUAUCCUACGUACUUGAAAGCUUCAAAUGGUAAUACAAUACAUCGUACUCAAAUUACAAAACAUUCAACCCCCCACUUUGUAUAUUUCCACUUUAAGCAAGCUCGUUAG